AUGUUCAAGCUUCAUUCUUUUACCGCGGCAUUGGCUGCAGGCCUCCUCACAACAAUUGUUUCCGCCGCCGGGUUGCACGAGGCUGCACUUGCUGCUGGACUGGAGUAUUUCGGCACAGCGACAGAUAAUGGCGAGUUAACAGAUAUUCCGUACGUAACUCAGCUCAACAAUACCGCUGACUUUGGUCAAAUCACGCCCGGAAACACCCAAAAGUGGGAUAGCACCGAGCCGUCGCAGGGCACUUUCAGCUUCACCAAGGGAGACGUCAUUGCCGAUCUGGCUGACGCCAAUGGCCAGUAUUUGCGGUGCCAUACGCUCGUCUGGCAUAAUCAGCUGCCCAGCUGGGUGACUAGCGGAAGCUGGACUAAUACCACUCUAACCGCCGCACUACGAAACCAUAUCACUAACGUAGUGAAUCAUUACAAGGGGCGCUGCAUACAUUGGGACGUGGUCAACGAGGAAUACGGCGGUGCCAAGGCGGCUGGUGCAAGAGCUAUUGUGCAACUCAUCAAGAACGCGGGCGUUAAGAUCGAUGGUGUAGGCUUUCAGGCACACUUCAGUGUUGGCACUGUGCCGAGCAGGAGCUCCCUGGCCAGUGUGCUGCAGUCGUUCACCUCGCUAGGCGUCGAAGUCGCGUACACGGAGGCUGAUGUCCGUAUCCAACUGCCGACAUCUGCAACGACGCUGGCACAGCAGUCGACAGACUUUCAGAACCUGGCGGGAUCGUGUGUGGACACGGCCGGGUGUGUCGGAUUCACAAUCUGGGACUGGACGGAUAAGUACAGCUGGGUGCCGAGUACGUUCUCGGGUUAUGGUGCAGCGCUACCGUGGGAUGAGAACUUUGUUAAGAAGCCUGCCUACGAUGGCUUGUUGGUAGGGCUCGGCGGCACCGUAACUACAACCACCACCACAACAGCCACCUCUACCACUACCAGCGCCACAGCCACAAGCACUGCAACCUCCCCGCAUUGGGGUCAGUGUGGCGGUAUUGGCUGGACUGGCCCGACAUUGUGUGCGAGUCCUUGGACUUGCACCUAUGUGAACGACUGGUAUUCACAGUGUCUAUAG